UGCUCAUUAGUUUAAAUAAUUAACUCAGUAGCUUGCGUGCCUUGUUCUUAGCCUGACAGUUUUGUUAACGUUUUGAGCCCGGUCACACAUUCAGAUGAAUGAAACUGCUUCUCGUAAGAGGCUUUUGUUUCAAUAUGGCACAUUAAGAGAGAAAUGGAAGAAUUCUGAUUGACAUUUGAACUAGCCAAUCAGGUUUUUGGUUUUGUUUCGUUGACGGGCACCUCAGCCAAUGGCAUCCAAGAUUAGGUCACUUGUCACCUUAUGUUUUUUUCGUGGUUUACUCGAGUUUCUUUUCAUGUCUGGCUCCAAACUGUACAUUAAAAGACCCAAGUUAAAUUAGAAGCGAAAUGUUUUUGUUUUAAAUAUUUUGGCAAACGUUUAGCGCGCUUAAAUGAACUAUGGUGAUAGUAUACUAUGAUUUUCAGUAAAUUGUAAAAAUCACGGGAAAACACUGCAGCAGGAGCUCUUAAAUGUAUUGAUCUAGUUUUUGUGAAUAUGAAAUUAUAUGAAAACAAACUAUUUGCUGAUAUUACAACAGUACCUUACCGAAGUAUUGCUUUAAUAUUGUCUUAUAUUGAUAACAUAUAGUGCUUAUGUCAAAAGUUUGACUACCACCGGAUUAAGCUGUAUAAUAUGAACAAAUAUAUCCGUUUAUAGUAAGUAACAAGAUAUCAAAAGCCAAUAUUUUAGUUUUUGUUUUUUUGAUGAUGUGAAGUUAACUGGAUAAAUAAAAGAAAACCAUCAGUUUUGUAAUCCAGUUAUGAUCUGAGAGGAGAUGAUAGCAGAGCCAACUUUACUGUCCAGAUCGGUGCAAAAAGAGAACUCUGUAGUUGAUGUCUCUUCUUGUGCAUCGUUGCAUCAUGUUUCAAGCGAGAGAAAUGAAAACAGACAGAAGGCUGUGAGAGGAAAGAGGAAAGCCCGGGAAUGUUCUGAGAAUGCCAAAAGAAAGCAUUCAAAGAGCAGUAAUGGCAGCUUCAGUAGAGCGGAGAACGAACAGCUCAGAAAUGGGGACGUGGAAGCCGUCACACUGUUUGAGGUGGUCAGCAUGGGCAGGAAUGCAAUGCAGGCUGUGGUGGAUGACUGGAUUGACGCUUAUACUGGUGACAGAGACACAGCACUGCUCGACCUCAUCAGCUUCUUCAUCCAAUGUUCAGGAUGCAAAGGGAUGGUUACGGCAGAGAUGUUUCAGAGCAAAAAGGGGGCUGAUGUCUUGAGUAAAAUGGUGGAAGAUCUGGAUGAGGACACAGGUUUACAAUAUAAGAAGUUUCUUGCAUUUCCAUGGAUUUUAACUGUCACGUGGCCUCUUGACAUGGACAGUGGCGAGUAUCCCCUCAUUAUGUCUGGCCUGUACUGGAAGAGGUUUCGGUCACACUUCUGUGAAUUUGUAUCGGUGCUAGUGGCCCAGUGUCAGAACUGUGUAAUCUUUGACGGCUACCUCUUGAACACACUCAUUUCACUGCUGACAGAGCUCUCCGAUUCCAGAGUUCGCGCUUUCAGGCACACCUGUACGCUAGCGGCAGUGAAGCUGCUCAGUGCUUUGGUGAAUGUGGCUCUCAACCUCAGUGUCAGUGUCGAUAACAGUCAGCGGCUCUACGAGGUCGAGCUGGCUAAGAUGGCCAGCAAACGGGCUUCUCCGAGGCUGGACAGGAUCCAGAGAAAGAUCAGUGAGUUACAGGACAAGAAAUGUGAAAUUGAGAACAUGAUGGAUGCCAUUUUCAAAGGAGUCUUCCUGAAGAGAUACAGAGACGUGAUUCCUGAAAUCAGGGCCAUCUGCAUGGAGGAACUGAUGGUGUGGAUGAAGCUGUAUGAUUCAGUGUUUCUGAACGACAGCUAUCUAAAGUAUGUGGGAUGGAUGAUGCAUGACAAGCAACCUGAUGUGCGUCUGAAAUGCGUGCUGGGUCUACAGGCACUUUAUCAGGAUCAAAGUAGUUCCAAAAUGGACCUUUUCACAAUAAGGUUUAAGGAGAGGAUGAUCUCCAUGACUCUGGAUAAAGACCAUGAUGUGGCCAUACAGGCCAUGAGAUUGCUCAUGGUCAUCUCUCAAUCCUGUGAGGAUGUUCUGAGUCCUGAUGACUACAAGAAUGUCUUCCAAUUUGUGUACUGCUCCCACAGACCUCUAGCUACCACUGCUGGUGAAUUCCUCUAUAACAGGCUGCUUAGUAACCCUGAAAUAUCAAAGCCCAGAGAUGGAGCCUCUGAUCCGGAGAAGCACAGAGAGUUAGUCUUAGCUAGGGUCCGAGCCCUGAUUCACUUCCACACUGAGAGCGAGCUGCACCAGCAUGUGAUGUACCUCGUGGAUAGUCUGUGGGACAGUGCAGGAGCUCUGCUAAAGGACUGGACCGGUCUUACCUCACUGCUCUUACCUCACAUGUCCUGUCAGGAACAAGCUCUGAGUAUUGCUGAGGAGGCUUUUGUGAUUGAGCUCAUAUUGGCGUCAGUGAGGCAGGCUGCAGAGGGCCCUCCUUUGUCAGGGAGAGGAGCAGGUAAAAAGGUUAUAAAUGCUAAAGAGAAAAAGUUACAAAUUGAUGACUGCACAAAACUCACUGAACACUUUAUUAAAGUACUACCUGAGCUGUUAUCCAAGUACUCAGAGGAUGCUGAAAAACUCACCUCCCUUCUAAAAAUACCUCAGUUUUUCCAAACGGACACCUGUGAUCAUGAAAAUUCACUGUGUUUGCAGGCAUUGUUGUCUGAGCUGGAGACUGCUGUGGACAGACACACAGAUGCUGGUCUGCUGGAGGCGGCUGCUCGUUCUUACCAGUGCCUCUGCGCUCAGGAUUUGCCCUGGCACUCUCUGGCCCGGCCCAGCUUUGACAGGCUCAUCCAGCACUGGACAGACACACUGGGAACACGGUUAGGAGAAUCACUGAGUGACGCUUGUUUCACUGCAAAUGAGGACAGCACUUUAGAUAUUCUAUCCACACUGAAGAAACUUAAUGCGUUCAACGUCGCUCAGGAUCUGUCUAAAUGGAGCCUGUUUGAGCUUGGGACCAGACUCCUAGAUGUGGACAUAAAACAUGGUGGUCUUCCCAUGGAGGUAUCAAUUGAGGCUCUGCGCUGCAUGUGUAGCUGCAUCAUUUGGAAGCUCAACACCUUUGGAGAAGGUUUAACCUCCAGGGAGUCCGCCCUCCAGCAGAGAAGCCAGCUACGUGCCUUCUGUGAGAAAUGUCACCGCUGUCUCUCGCACGCUGAGCAGCUUGUACGAGAGCAAGCCUUCAUGUGUCUGAGUGAUGUUCUCAUAGCUCAUAAUUACCAGCUUCAGAUGUGGGAUUCGUCUGCAGGCACUCCGUUGCUGUACACCCCUGAUCCCAAACUCCAGAAAGCUCUUCUUUCCUUCAUUGUGGAGCAUGUCUUCACCAGCCCUGAACAGGACACCCACAGUAGUAAAGUCAGUGAGAGUGAGUGCGGAGACGGACGGCUGGAAGACUUGCACCGGCGGAGAAAUCUUCUGGCGGCGUACUGCAAGCUGAUAGUUCACAGCGUGCUGGAGAUGAGCAUGGCUGCUGAGGUUUUCAAGCAGUAUGUGAAGUACUACAAUGACUUCGGCGACAUCAUCAAAGAGACCCUGAACAGGACACGGCAGAUGGACAAGAUGGAAAGCGCUCGCACGCUGGUGCAGUGCCUUCAGCAGCUGUAUCUGAGGCUGAAACAGGAGCAGGACAGAGGAAACACAUGCAGCUCCAGGAUCCAGACCUACAGCAGCAUCAAGGAGCUGGCCAGACGCUUCUCACUCACCUUCGGAUGGGACCAGAUCAAAUCCCGCGAGUCCCUGGCCAUGAUCCACAGGACCGAGAAAUUCAUUUGGCCCGCUGUAUUAUUGGUCUUGAUUCAAAUGCAGAUGGAUAGGAGAAGGAAUCUUGAGGUCUUAAAAGGAAACGUUCCCUUACUGGUUUCUUUGUGCAGAGACGGCAUUGAGUUUGUCUUCAAAGGCUUCGUUCAGCAGUCUGAGAAACACUCUCCACCGUACGUCUCGUACCUCACCAUCCUCAGCGAAUUCUCCAGCAAGCUGCUCAAACCGGACAAGAAGACUAUCUACAGCUAUUUGCAGAAGUUUGCUAGUGAGCAAGUCAUUAACAACAGAGAGGAGAGCUGGAUGCCGCUGAUUUACUACAGAGCGUCUCUGAUGGGCACGGCUGAGGGAGAAGAUGCCAUUUCCUUCAUCAGCUCUGACACCAACAAACAGCCCUCCCUCAGCAACCGCUCCAGAUCACCCUCCGUCAAACAGGUCAACUCUGAAGGGGACCAAAGGUUUCUUUCCCCCUGUUCAGAACCAAAGGGAAACAAGCUGAAAAGUUCUGAAGACUCAAAAGUCCCACAAGCCCCACUGAGCAGAGAGCAGCUGACCAGCUGUCUCAUAUCUGAUAAAGUUCCAAGGAUCAGUGAAGACGUUGAUGUGGAUACUGUAGAUAUUGAUGGUUAAUGUUGUAGUGAUGAUUAAUAUGUCAAGGAUCUCUUUUUGUUUUACAUUUACUGUUUUGGUAAUGUCGUUAAAAGACAACAUUUGCACUACAUAAUGUCCUGUAUAUAAAAAUCGUGCCACUUGAAAUGACAAUAAUCACGAUCACAUUCUAAUAAGGCGGUGCUUACAUAUUUAUAAAGAACGUAAAUUCAAGGUGCAUUGCUAUUGAUUACAUUUUUACACAGCCUAUGUGGGCUUAAAAAGAUGAUGCACUUUCAAAUCUUGAUGUGUAAAACUCACUUAUUGAAAAAUAUUGCAAUUUGGACCAAUCUUUUUUAAAUGUAUGUAUUUUGUUGUGCGUUGCCGAAUCAGAAUGUGGUGGUUAUUCGGGUUUUCAAAUGAGCUACACCUGUAUUGUAAAUUGAGAAGCAGCUAUAUUAUUUUUACAUUAUAUUUUUUUUCAUUAUAUUAUUUCACAGCUAUUGUUUAUGCCUUGUAAAAUUACACCAGGUUACUCUAUUUAAAAUGAAUUUGACUAGAAGUAUUGCCGUUUAAUUAAACAUUUCCAUUCAGCA